CCCCUCGUGGCUCUGUUACCUAGCAACGGGUUUCCCUAGUAACUGCGGAGACAACCGUGGGCCGGCCCGCGCCUGCCUCGGCGGCCUGAGGGGGCUCAGCGGCGGGAGGGAGCUGUUCCCUGGCGUGGGCCCGGGGCGAGGAGGGAGGAAACGCCAGGCCCCCUCAGCGAGGGGGGCGGCUUCCCCGUGUCCGGGGCCCCUCAGCCCGAGGAUGACGACGCAGUGUGCCCAGGAGAGCAUCUAUAACCUCCUGCCCCGCCUGGAGGAGAAGCCUGUCAAACCUCCCAGGUAUAUAUCCACAUUCAGACCAUCUGUGAAACAUGAAGCAGAGAAAAAUAAAGCUCAAUGGAAAACUAUGGGACCAGCAAAAGUUGCAGUGCCAUCUCCAAAAAAUUUUCUGCAGAAACAUUCAAAAGAACCAAAGCUACCAGCAAGAAAAAAAGAACAGGAUAGUAAGAAAUUGCCUGCAUUAUCAGUGCCACGGAGGACAGAUCACCCAGUUAUGGGAAUUCAGAGUAAAAAGAAUUUUAUAAAUAAAAAUGCAGUUGCUGCUAUCACGGGAUUGCCUAAAAAGCCUCAACCUAUUUAUGUUGAUAGAAGACAGGGAGAUAAAUAUCUGCUUGAAACUUCAGGACUUGUUCCAAAAUAUAUUAAAAAAAAGGAUUAUGGUGUUACACCAAAAUAUGUAACACGGAGAAAUGAAGAAAUGAAGAGAGCUCAGAAAGAAUACGAGGCCAGUAUCUUGGAGCAUCUCAAGAAAAGAGCCAUGAAACGGCUAUCUGAUGAAGAAAGGAGAAGUCUUCUGCAGGGGCUGAAAAAGAACUGGGAAGAAGUGUAUCGUGAAUUUCAGGGUCUUUCGGUAGAAAUAGACACCAUACCCAAGAAGAUAUAUAAAGAAAAGCUGGAAUCACAGAUGAAACAACUGGAGCAUGACAUAGAAGUAAUUGAGAAGCACAAAGUUAUCUACAUUGCAAAUGAGUAAGGACUGUUUUUCAAAUAUUGCCUCUUUCCUCCUUUUCUUUUUCUCUAUCUCUACAUCUCCAAGAAGUGCCCCCCUAAAUCCUGAGAAGAAAUUGACACCGCCAACUAUUCAGAAGGAAAUAUUCAACUAAUAAAAGUAUGUAGCUUCUUAGAAAAGUUGUUGCGUAUAGCUCUCAUCUGUAUAAUUCACAAAACAUUUUGAAAUAAAAUUCUUAGUUAAACUUUGAGUAUAAAAACAUUAAUUUAAUCUAUUAUUCUUUCUAAUUAUUAAACUACUAAGAUUUCUAUAAACAUCAUAGAAAAAGCAUAAAAAAUAGUUUCAUAUGUUUGGAGCACUUGUUUCCUUGCAUAGCCAAAACAAAGUGAAAUAAUUGGCUGCUGAAACAGCCUGGUAAAUAUAACUUCAGGGUGGGAUGGCUUCUGGACUAGUUAUUAAAGAGCUGUUGUGCUUUACUUAAAAGCUUGAGUGGUUGUAUUUCUAAACAGCUUGGCUUCUGCAUAACAUUUUGUGUACUCAUUUUUUUGUUACCAAAACCAGUUUUUAUGGUGGAAGCCCAUAAUAAUAUAGACUUCACGCAAUACAGAUACCACAUGUCGCUUGCUGUGUGUGUUUAUGCAUAAAUAAUUUGGUAAUACUAUAGUAAAUCUACCACUAAAGUAGAAAAAUGUGUUUUGAUUGCUAUUAUGUGUGUAAUGUUAGAAUGAAAGCAAUAUACUAGCAUGUGAGUCAAGACCUAGGCAGAAAUUAUAUCAGCAUACUAUAGUGCAAUUAUUUGCAUAAAAAGAAAAAUUGUUUUUCUUUCCUACUGCUUAACCUUUGCUUCAGAACACAGCUUUUUCUGUAUGGUAUCAAUCAUUACCACCAGCAGCUGUUGUGACAUCAUAGUAUCUGACAUCAGCACAGGAUGAAGUAAAAAAAACUCAAAUGAACUAUUAAAAGCCAAAUUUUCACGUACAUUAAAUUCCUUUCAUAAAUUUGUCAGGGAAUGGCUUUGAAGACUUCACAGUGAUUCUAGGCUAUAUUUCUUGUGCAUCUUAAACUUCUCUAUGACAUGCACUAGGAAAGUGUGGGUGAGCAGGAAUGUGUAUUUUGUUCUUUGUAACUUACUGUUAAGCAAUCAUGUUUAUUUUUGAAAGAUAUAAGCUCGAGGAAAGCUGUGGUUUUGUAAAAUAUGGAUUCAUUUAUUGUUUACUCAAAAGAAUGACUUAUACUGUAUAUUUUAACAAAACCACACCAAUUAUAAGCACUUAAUAACAUGUCACAUUAUCUCCUAGUGAAGUACAAGAUGCCUUUCUUAAGAAAUGCAAUAUAAUCAAACAUGGCUGUUUCUUGUGGCUUAAAAAGCUAGAUUUUACUCCAAAACAGCAUGCAUUCCCACUGCCUCACUCUCAGCUUUUAGUUACUCAUAGAUGAUUUGGCUGAGUUAGGUUGAGGAUCUGGAUUUGGUUCUUCCAUUUAUCAUCAGUGCUAACUUUAUGGAAAUGCAAAGUAGGUGAUGGCCUAUCCCAAAAUUUGGGACAAGCAACUAGGCCACACUUGGAAACAUUCAUCAUUCACCAGUAAUAAAGACUGCUUUUUAAAAAUGUCAGAAGGAUAUUAGUAUAUUAUUGGGAAGUUAGGAAGUGAACAGGAAGGGAUGCAAAAAGUAUUCCUGCUUAACAGGAGGAGAGACUAAAGCCAGUGCACUUCUGUAGCUGAGUGGGCUGUCACUAGUUUCUUUCAACAGUACUGUGGGGGUUUUUUUGCAUAAACCUCAUAUAGUGUUUUGCAGGUAGUUGCUGCCACACAGGAUGUUCCCCUCUUGAUACGUGUGAAUAGCUUCUGUCACCCUGUGGGGAGGUUAUAACUCCUGCCAUCUAUUUUGAUGUGUAUUCCAUGCAACCUACCAACACUUCCGAUUAUGGAAAAAAUAUAUUAUAAUGAAAACCAUUGAAAAUACACACAGAAGGAUAACAUUCUUACCCUUUAACUCUCUCUGGGAAGUUUGACAAAAUUUACAGAAUCUGAAGAAUGUAACUCUGUAUAUGUUCAGGAAAUGCCAAUAAUUGAAGGUGUAACGUUCAUGAAUCAACUAAUACGUAACAUCAGUAUAACUAAAGCAAAAAGGUGAGUAAACUCAAUUGUUCUGAUAGAAUUGUUCCUUCAUAAAAGAUAUUAAAUAUUAACAGAAACAAGUCUGUCCACAGGCUAAAAAGUAGCACUACCAGUUGAAACGUUCUCUAAAUUCACUAGUCAAUUACUGAUAAUCAAUGAAAUAAUGAGAAAGAAAAUCAACAAAAUGCUUCUAGUACUUCAUAAUUAUCAAACUGGUAUUUUUAAAUGGUCCAUAUUAAAUUGGAUAACCAUCACAAAACACAUGCUAAACGGGAUAUGAAUGCUGUGUUGGUCAAUAAGAGUUAUGUUGCCACAAACUGAAGAUAUUUCCUGUUGGAAGUUGUGCAUGACAAAACUGUGUAUCUAUUUUUUAAAAAUAGCAACAUGAAAUUAUGAUAAAUAUCUCACUGGCUGUUCUUCAGAAUGGAACUAUUUAUAUCCAGGAAGGAUGGGAUCAGAUAUGGCAUCAUCACAAACACAGGGAGUUCCUGAUCCUAUGGCUCCAAUAGAGCUGCCUCGAGCAAGCAUCAGAUCUGACAGGAGCAUAUGGGCUCCAUGUGGCUGGUCUCAAGGCACAGUGGUUUCUUGGACUAUACAUGAAUUCCUGGGGACUAAGUCUGGGACAGUUCCUCAAAAUCUUCCUUGCAGAGGGGUAACCUCAUUCCCCUCACGAAACAGUAAGGGCAAAAUUCUGUGGGAGAAAUAAUAUGGGAUAAAUUCCUCACUGAUUUAAUUUUACUCAGUCUCUGCAUGUGGGUUUUAUUGUAGGAGGGUAUGUUCUGGCCCUUUGUAUAUUUUUGUGAAAAACUGGUAUCACAAACUGCUGCUGUGAUCGCUCUGCCACAAAGCUAAAAUCUAGUCCUUUCACUGGGGUAUGUUUCAGGGAAAAGAACAUAUCUAACAAUUUCAGCCCUAAUGAAGGCAGACAUCUUUCAGAUAAGAAAAUUUCACAUAUAUGCAGAUUAAUGGGAGUCCUAGAUAAAUGCUAGUCCUAGUCAAUGCUUUCAUCUUCGGCUUUAUGAUGUUUAUUAAUAAUAUAAUUACAGGAGAGACAGGUGGCAAAACCUAUUAUUAAGGUUGCCUGACAUUUCCCAUAGUCAAGGAAGCCAGCUGCUGAGCCCUGCAGCUGAUUGGGACCAUCCACCCCAGUAACUAGAGGCGUAUUGAGCCUGACCAAGCUAAGGAGGACUGGCCAUUUCUCCCCAUGAGUGGGCAUCCAAGGUAGUGAUGUAUACUUGACUGCUGAAUGCCUAGAUUGUAUUUUUUUUUCAUUCUGUCUCGAUCUGGCUCCAGGUCCUUUUUGUUAUGUAAUGUUAUGUAAAUAAAAUGUGAGUAAAUUCAGGAUUUUCAUCCUCCAGGCUAAGCAGUGGCAUUACCGUAGGAAUCCAAGGUGAGCUGAGUUUCUUGUUUGUGUUUUUUGCUUUACUGUUUAAAGGGUGCUGAAGUAAAUGUGACUUCCAUUUCACCACAUUAUAAAAAACACACUUCAUUUUUUCUUCUAGACUGUACCUCCAACAAAUGGUUGUAGACAAGCAGGCAUAGCCAAAGAGUAGACUACAUUCAUGUCAGCUGGUCUUCUUGAUGCUGCUAUGAGGAUGAACUCCUGUUCAGUUACAGUACUAGCCUGUGUUGUUAAUUCGUUAUUCCAUGCCUGCCUCCACAUUGACUCCACAGCAUGGAGAAAUUCACACAAACAUGCAAACACUGGAAUAACUUUGUCUUCAAAUCCUUCCUCGAAUGUUCUUUGCAAUGGUGCCCACCAAGAAUUUAACAACAGCUGAGCUGCUGGUGAGCUGAGAUUAGGGCUUAUCUUGCUGACCUGUGCAGUUUCCUUGAACUCCCCUGGCACUGUAGCCAGUCAUUUCUUGUCUUAGGCUUAGAUUGUAAGUUAUCUGUUGUGUGGAUCAUCUUUUUCUCUCUUUGCUUAGUGUCUGACACAAUAAAGUUUUUGUCUGUAA